GCAGUGUGUUUCCUGGUUAGUGCAGCAGCAGGGAUUUGCGGCUUCUGUCUGAACUUUGCUGUCCUGAGGGGGGUGAUGACAUCACCGCCUGUGUUGUUUUAUUGAGUCCAAACGUACUAACAUCGCGCGUUAAAAAUGCCUGUCACUCUUGCGUUUAUUGCAAUAGUAAGUUGGUAACGUUCGUCAAGAGUCUCAGUAACGCCGAUGAAGUAGCUGGGACCAUGGACUCGCUGGCUGUGGAAGACGACAUCUGCAUCCUCAGGCACGAGACGGCUGACAGCCUGCUGCAGCCUUCGAAGGAGAGCCCUGUCUCAGCCAGCUCGGGGGACGAGUCCGUGGCUUCACACUUUGCUCUUGUCACUGCCUAUGAAGACAUCAAAAAACGGCUGAAGGAGGCAGAAAAGGAAAACGCGCUCCUGAAGAAGAGAGUCAAGCAACUGGAAGAGAAGCUUUUUAAACCCCACGAAUUAACGUCGGAAGGAUCCAAGUAUGUGAAUCAAGCCUACAAUGCCUAUGUUGGGGUCUACAUGGAGAAGACUGACCUGCAGAGGGAGCUGGAUAAAGUGAAAAGAGAGAAGACGGAAUCCGAAACCCUCUUGAAUGAACAGCUGCAAGCCAAAGAGCUGGAGCUGCUGCAGCUCAGGACUGAUGUGGAAACGAGCCAAGUGAUGAAAACAAUGAAUAGCACACAGGACUACUGGGACGUCUAUAAAGUCAACAGCGAGCUGAAAAUACACACUUUGCAGCAGGAACUGGAGCUGCUGCAUCUGGAGUAUAAUCGUCUUCAAGAAAAAUACAAGGACCAUCACUGUAGUAAUGUUUCCAAGACUGACUGGAAUAACGAUACUGAAUUGAACAGUGGGGACGCGUCGCUGCUGAAGACGUACGUGGACCUGAGAAGAGAGAUGUCUAAUUUAUAUGCAGUGACUAAGUCGCAAGCCAAGAUGGUGAGAAAGCUGAGAGACAGCUCGCAAAGUGCAGUCAGCAGAGGACCUGCUUCGGUUCCGGUCCAGUGCUUUGAGGACGUGGAAAACAACCACCGCCUGGUGAGAGUGACCGCGCCCGGCUCCCCCCUCGCGGGCUCUGGUCCGGGCCCGACCCCGGCGCAGGGCCCGACGGGGGAGCUGUGGCCUGACCCCUGGACCAGUCCCCGCCCCCCCCCGGUGGGCAGCCCCGGCUCCUACGCGAGGACCUCCCUGGACGACGGCUCCUGGUCCUUCCCCAGCCCGCCGAAGCCGAGCGACGCCCUGUUCUGGGAGGCGGGGCGCAGUGCCUCUUCGUCCGACGCCCCGAAGAGCCCCGGCCCCGACUGGCUCAGGCCUUAUUGACCCCCCCCCCUGUUUGACCAUCGGGUGGACAGCGACCGGAGCGGCCGUGAGCUCCGGUUCUCUUCUCUUGGGCUGCCUUAAGUCAAAACAGUUUCUCGUAAUGGGACGCUUUUUUUUUUUGUUACAGAGGUGAUGAGUUUCAGUUCGGGUUCUCUGGUGAAGGGGAACCUGGGCUCCUGGCGUAUUUGGCAUCUGGACACCUCACAAAGGGGCCAUGAUAGAGGACGUUACGAUGCUGUUAGCUCUACGUUGGAGUGCAGCGCAGAUUAAAGAUGGAUAGGAAUCUUAAUGACUAAGGAAGGAUAAACACUGUAAGACUUUUCAUUGAACCCAAAAGCUAACUUCCCUUAAUAAUGUGAGAUAAAGGGUAUGUGGCCGAGAUCUGUGUAUUGAUAUGGGUGUCACGUGCUGUUUUCAGUCUUUGGUAAGAAGAAAGUCCACAUUAUUAGGCCAUACGUAUAAAUAAUGUGAAAGUUCACAUUACUAGUACUUUUAUUAUUUCUUUAUAAACACUUUUUUUAAGACAGGGUUGUGAUAAUUUUCCCCACAAAUGUAAAUACAUGAGGAAGCACCUUUAGGCUUGUUGAGUAUAAUUUUUCAUGCUUCUAACUGAUACAGUGUGCUGUUUGAGGUGAUCUGUUCUCCUAUUUGCGUGGUCAGCAGAGAUCAGACAACAGUGUAGCACUGAAAGAAACAAGUAAACACGAGGUUUGCAUUGAUAACUGAAUACAAAGCAAAAAAAUUGGUUACUCAAGACGGUGCUCCACGUAUAAUUUUAUUCACCAGCUUUUAUGUGGCAUAUUUGGUGAAUGCCUAAGUUCUAUUUCAGCAUAAGUCCUAUAGCCUGGAUGUUUUAUGUAACAUUUCUUUUAAAUCAGUUUAGUACAGUAUGUCAACCACUGUACCCUUGGGACUAAUGCUUCACCUCUGAAGAGGCGGAUGAUGUCAUCUGCAGAAUUCAUCUAUAUUGGGGUGGUAGUACAACUUUAGUGAAGACUUUGUCUUGCCAUUUUCUAGAACAGAUACCAGGCCUUAUUUUGUUCUCAAAUUGAAUAGCUCAUAAAGUUAAGUUUACAGUCAUACACCUGUCUUUGUUGCCCACUCCAGGCAAAGUGCCCUCUUUGCACUUGCAUUUCAAUUUGCACUUGCAUCAUAUUAAAGUAGCCUUGCUCUCAGCUUGUAUACUCUUAGAAUGUGGAUCAGAAGUACCGCACUUAGCAAAUGUUGUGAUGUCACAAAAAUUAAAGUGUCGCUGUUGUGUGUAGUGUUUGUUCGUCGUAUUGCUCACUUCAAAACGAGGCUGAAUGGAGCUGGGUGAAAAAAGGCAAGGAACUAUGGGCCUUUAUCCCCAUCUCCUGAGAUGUAGAAACUGCUUUUGUCUUCUGCCUCUUUGUCCUACAUUCUAAUUUUAAAGUCGAUUCCAUUUAGAUUAAAGAAAUAUAUAAACAAAAACCCAUUUGACAAACCUGAAGUAAUGCCUGUGGUAAAACUAUUUUACACGGGUUUCAUGUGCUUCAUGCGAUGUUUUUAUCCAUUUUAUUUAAUAGAUUUUAGAAGAUUUGUUUUUGCUGUGAUGAAAAUGCACUUUUUUUUUCUUGUCGUACAAAGCAGCCUAGAUGAAUGAAACCAAGACGUUUGUUUUAACCAAAGCUGGCAGGCACAGCUUAGUAGAUCGGGAAUUGGAAAAUUAAAAGCUGAGUAUUGUACAGAAUCAACCAUUACAAAGAAGUUAAGGUAGCUGGGAAUUCAAAACUAAGGCUUUUCAUAUCUAGAGUAAUAUUUGUGAGGUCUAAGCCAAUAUGUCCUCUCUAAAGCCUGAGAAUAUAUAAGUUCUCUCACUGCUUUUGCAGCAGAUUAUUUUAUUACAGAGAAGAUGAGGAACAUUAAUUGAUUUCCUCUUUAAUAUUAGUGAGCAUCAUUCACUAUGGCUGGCGAUGAGAACAUCAACGUUCUUUCAAGAACAUCUCAGUCAGGUCCUCAGCCCCAGAAUACUGACGUGUAAUGGCACCAAGCAGAAAAAAGAGUGUUCUACCAAUUUUCACCGUUUCCCGUGAUAUUGCUGAUGUUUUUGUAUGUUGUAUGUUGCUGCAGCUAUGCAUGUUGUUCUUUCCAACUGGCAGAUAGAACCCAGACUGUGUAGAACAACAAAGAUUUGAAGCCACUGUCAUUACAGACCAGUUAACCAAAGCAGCAGAAUUGUAAAACAGUCGAAGCUAUGCACUGUAAGCAUCUGUUACAUUUAUCGGAUGUCGAUGCUUAUUCAGAGUUGUUUUUAUGUAAUACACAAGAAAAGGAAGUAGUUUGAGUUUUAUUAUAAAGCUCAGUUAUUGCAGCCACUGAAAUUGCAUGGUAAAUUAAGGGCUAUAUGGAAAGCUGUAAUGUUUUAUAGGAGGGGAAAAAACUCUGAAGGAGUCCUAUUUUAUAUUUUACAUAACAUAACCCUGCAUUAUACUGCUGAACAGGUUUCAAGCCAAAAUGCCAUAAGGAUAUGGACUGGAUUUUGACAUUUCUGUGGAAGAAAAAACCUGAUUGUAACUAUGGGAAGUAAAAUAAAUAUGCGUUUCCGGAUCAAAAAGUUUGAAUAAAAUUCUUAUUGAUGAUAAAACAA